GCGAUGGGUUUGCUUGCGAUGCAGAAGAGUGACCUCUCCUUCUCCUCACUAUAUACCUAGCUGCUGGUGGUAUUAAUUCGAUUGUGUGUCGUUGUCGUGUGCUCCAAGAGGAAAAAAGGAACGGGAAAUUUUGAACGCACUGUUCUGCGUUAAUUCGUGGAUAAUUGUUACGAUUUUCCUCGGAAAAAGUGUAUGAAUGCAAAAUCGCACUGUUAAGGCGUGAAGUAGUGUUCGAAGAAAAGAGUUUUCGACCUCGGAAGCCCCGAAAAUCUCGUUUUAUCAGUUGGCAAAGAAGGGGUUGCCUUGACAAGAGCUAGUCAGUGUUGUAUAGGGGAGUGCGGACAACACCAUACUUGCCCAACAUUGUCUGACAGACACGUUCGUACACAUGGGCGUCGUGGUAUUUUUUUUUCUAUUAGGCAACAAUCAAAGUCACGGAGCGAGUGAUUGCCGAAGCACCAGAUAGAAGAGCAGCAGCUCUAGAAAAAAAAAACCGUAAAGGUCUGUUGUUGGAUUGGAAGCAGCAAAAACCGAACUCUGGCAGGCGCUGAGAAAGUGUUGUAAUGUAUUCAGUGAAAUUUGUUUUUCUUCAUCAUCAUUGCCGCAAUCGUGGAUAUUUGCCUUGUGAGCAUCACUAGUAGUGCACACUUACCACAGCAGCAGCAGAAAUUUUGUUUGGAUUUUGAUAGUUCCUGGAGCAGAGCAUUUUACGUACUGCGGAAGCGUAGAGCUCUUCCGGAUUUAGGAGUUUUGUCCAAUAGGAGCUAGGAUGAUUGUGCAGGAACCUGUUCAGGCCGCAAUAUGGCACUGUCUGAAUCAUUACAAUUAUCAGGAUGCAAUCUUCCUUGCCGAGCGACUGUGUGCCGAAGUGGACACGGAGGAAAGUUUAUUUCUGCUUGCGACCUGCUACUAUCGUGCCGGUCAGAAACAUCAAGCUCACUGGCUUCUAUCGACGAAGAGUGUCCGUUCGACGCAGUGCCGGUAUCUGCUGUCCAAGUGUGCCUUCGACCUGAAACAAUACUCGGAAGCGGAGCACACGCUCAUCAAUGAUGACCACCUGCGGGUUCGGCAUCUGGACGAGGUGGCGAAAGAAUUCGGUGAUAUUGGGUGCUUCGCGCUGGAGCUGAUAGCGAAGAUUUGCCAAAAGACUGAACGGGCCGGGUUGGCCAACGAUGCCAGCCGGAAGGCGGUGAAGCUGAACCCAUUCAUGUGGCAUUCGUUCGCCGAUUUGUGCAACCGGGGAGAGAAACCAGAUCCCAAUGCUGUGUUCCAGGUGUCCAGUACCGAUGUGUUUGCGACCAGCCAGGCACCACACCCGGCACUCAACUCCUCCGUGGUGUGGUUCGGGAAUGUCGGAACCGGUGGGACAGGUGGAGGUGGUGGUGGAGGAGGAGGAGGAUUGUUCAUUAAUAAUACUGAAAGCGUCGAGCAGCAGCUGAUUAGCGGUGGAAUUUACUCCACUCCCGUGGAUCAGGUUUCGCAGUGUUUAAUACAGAAUCUAAUCACAACGCCAAAUAAUCCUCCACAGCAGCAGCAGCAACAGCCUCAGUUACAGCAGUGUCAAAACAUUAGCAGUAGUAUAGCAAAUAUGAGAAUGGGUGGAGCAAAUCUCAACUCAGACGAGCAGGCGCUAAAUUUUGGCACCGACGUCGGCACGCCUUUCCGUAAGCAACAAUUUAAAUAUCUCGCAGCGAUGAGCCCUACGACGCCUAGCUUCGGCGUUCUACCCAUCCUACACAGUCCUAAUCUGAAUGAGCAGUCGGCUCUAAUAAUGACUCCAUCGCCGCAGCAGCUUUCCUCGGCUACCGGAUUCCAGCAGCAGCAAGGCCAACCAGGUCAGCAACCGACUGGUCAACAGCAGCAAUUCAUCUCCGACUGUGAUCAGCAGAAGAUGGCACUGCUCAGUAGCAAUAAAAAAAUGCGUGGCCAUCACAAUCUUGUAACGAUGGGAAAUAUCAUCAACCGAAAGAAUGACACGCCGGCAACGACGAUGCUGCUACAGCAACAGAGUACAAACACGAAACCGAUAGUGUUUAGCCAGACCGGCAAUCAGCUGACGACGCCGAGGACACCCAAUACGACCGGGGGUGCGCUGCAGGCGCAAAACGUUCGCCGCAGCUCGCGGCUGUUCAGUAACAACAACUACUCGGUGAAGGAGAACACCAAAAGUCCGCAGUUGAACAAUAAAUUUGUUACCCCGCGGUCACCGCCACGAAAGUCGAAGCAGCGAAUCUCGAAGAAUCUAAACAGCAGCGCUGCCAAUCUGCUGGAGAAUGUAGAACGAAAGUCAUCGGUCGGUAGUGACGGGAAGGAGAAGAUUGAAACUAUUACCUCCAACGAGACGUUGAGCGAGAAAGUGUUUAUCAAUAACAGCAUUAACAGCGCCCAGAAAAUGGCACAGCAGGUGCUAGCGAUGAAGAAACAAAGUGCGGACGGAUUGAUGACACUGUUGAGAGAACUGGGACAGGGCUACCUUCGUCUGCAGUGCUACGACUGUGAGAAAGCGAUUGACCACUUUAGCAACGUUCCACCGCAUCACUACAACAGCAGUUGGGUGCAGAGUAUGAUCGCUUUGGCGCAUCACGAAAUGAGGGAGUAUGAGUCUGCUGUUAACAUUUUCCGGGAGAUUCACGAUCGGGAGCCACACCGGCUGCAGUACAUGGAAAUCUACAGCACGGACUUGUGGCACCUGCAGAAGGACGUGGUUCUGUCGGCGUUGGCCCAGGACUUGAUGGCGCAGGACAAGAACUCGCCGAUUACGUGGUGUGUGGCGGGUAACUGCUUCUCCGCUCACAAGGAACACGAGACCGCGAUUAAAUUUUUCUUUCGUGCAAUACAGGUGGACGAAGACUUCCCGUACAGCUACACACUGCUAGGCCACGAGUUGGUCAUGACCGAGGAGCUCGAGAAAGCCCUGUCAAUGUACCGGUACGCGAUCCUGCGAGACUCGCGCCACUACAACGCCUGGUUCGGAAUCGGAACCAUCUUUAGCAAGCAGGAACGGUACGAAUUGGCGGAGCUGCACUAUCGCAAAGCGUUGGCUAUUAAUCCGAAAAAUUCCGUCAUCAUGGUACACAUUGGAGCGAUGCAAUUUUUCCUGAGAAAAACCGAUCAGGCCCUACGGACAAUGAAUGCGGCAAUCGCACUGGAUCCGAAAAAUCCACUAUGCAAGUUUCACCGGGGAUCGAUGUACUUCACGAUGGGUCGGUUUCAGGAAGCGCUGAAGGAGUUGGAAGAACUCAAACAGAUCGUACCAAAGGAAGCCGUCGUUUACUAUGUGAUGGGAAAGAUCUACAAAAAGCUAGGUAACGUAGAUUUGGCUCUGAUGCAUCUCAGCUGGGCAACGGACCUGGGUUCGAAGGGAGCGAACAAUCAGAUUAAGGAUAAUUUUGAUUCGAUCAUGCGGACGCAAGAUGGCGCUGGUGGAGUGGUCAGUGGAUCGACUUCUGCGACGGGAGCAACUGGAUCGAAUAGUGAUGAAGCUGAUGGGGGUGGUAGUGGAGGUGGUGGUGGUGGUAGCGGCGGUGCUAGUGGCGUGAAUAAUGAAGCCGACAUUGGCAGUAGCAGUGCAGAUCCGGACUAUUCGGUCGGCGGGGAGCAGGCCUCUAGCGACGACUCGACCGCUAAUGCACGGAAUGAAUCGAUCGACGUCAUCAGCGGUAAUCUGUACGAUAGUGAUAGUUACUAGAGCAAAUUUGUUUUAUCGUUAGUUUCCUCCCUCUACAAUUUGGAAUAGCUCUUUUUGUAUAGAACGCCUCGACGCGCCCUUCAGAAAUAUUACGAUCUUUCCUUUGUUUUCCCCUUAUCUUCCCUCUUCCGACCCAAUGUUUUUUUUGGUAGGUUCAGUCAGGUGUUUGUAUUGUUUUCACGUUAUAGCUUGAAUGGUCUCCCCCCAACCAAUUGCUGACUGUGUAGAGUAUGUUAACGGAGAUUUCGUUCAUCCCACCACUAUCUGCAACAGUCCAAACACACAUCUGCAUUUGAGCAAACCAAUAGUUGUAUUCUAAAUCAGGUGAAUUAAAAUGUAUCUCUCUAGAGAACAAAAAUAGCCAUUGUGAAUAAAAACAAAAAAAAACAAAUAAUUAGUCUCUAUAAUAGCAAAGACAUACACACGAAUAAAUCAGUAAUUUUGAAUUCGAUUGAAUGUUGAACUACGUCGCUAGCCGAAACCGAGUCGAAUGGACUCCACAGACGUGUAUCCUCCAAGUGAUUCCAGUAAUAAAAUUAACGCUUAGGUUUUCGAAAAGAUAAAAAAAACGCGGUGACCAGAGACAGCAUUCUUUUUAAGCAGUACCUAGUGGAAUCAUCUGAUUCCGCCGAAAUCACAGUAGUAGUGCAAACAACAAACAAAAAAAGCGAUAAAAAUAGGCAAUGUCUGGAGUGUAAUAAUAGUCGAAAGGACGAAAUGAUGAUUUAAAUCGUGUUUAAACGCGAUAAGAGCGGAGAAGCGCCGCAACCAUGAAGGUGUGACAACAAGAAGCAUAAACAGCUUGUUUGUAUGGAAUUAUUUAA